AUGUUGCCUCUCGUUGCUUCAGCCCUGUUCGGGCUCGCCUCGUCCCAGGCUGUGGGUACGCAGCAGACCGAAACCCAUCCCAAGAUGACCUGGAGCAAAUGCACCGGUUCAGCCAGCUGCACUUCUGUCAGCGGUGAAGUCACCAUCGAUGCCAACUGGCGUUGGCUCCACGACGUCGAUAGCACCGACAACUGCUACGAUGGCAACGAGUGGACCGACGUAUGCUCCUCCGCCGAGGACUGCGCUACGAAGUGCGCCUACGAGGGUGCCGACUACGCUGCGACCUACGGCGCCUCGGCCAGCGGCAACGCCCUGAGCCUCAAGUUCCUCACCAAGGGCGAGUACGGUACCAACGUCGGCUCCCGCUUCUACUUGAUGCAAGACGCCUCGACGUACCAGACCUUCGAACUGAUGGGCAACGAGUUUACCUUCGAUGUCGACCUUUCGACCAUGGAGUGCGGGCUGAACGCUGCCCUUUACUUCGUCGCCAUGGACGCGGACGGCGGUAUGUCCAGCCAACCGAACAACAAGGCCGGUGCCAAGUACGGCACUGGCUACUGUGAUGGUCAAUGUGCGCGAGACUUGAAGUUUGUUGGCGGCAAGGCCAACAUCGAAGGAUGGGCACCAUCGAGCAACGACGCCAACGCAGGUGUUGGUCCGUAUGGUGCUUGCUGUGCCGAGAUCGAUGUCUGGGAAUCCAACUCACACUCCUUCGCAUUCACUCCCCACCCUUGCGAGAACAACGCGUACCACGUUUGCGAAACCGAUGGUUGCGGCGGCACAUACUCGGAAGACCGAUUCGCCGGCGAUUGCGAUCCCAACGGCUGCGACUACAACCCAUACCGCAUGGGUAACACCGACUUCUACGGUAAGGGCAAGACUCUGGACACCAGCUCCAAGUUCACUGUCGUCACUCAGUUCGCAGAGAGCGCAUUCACCCAGUUCUUCGUCCAGAAUGGCGCCAAGAUCGAAAUCCCUGCCCCGACGUUCGAUGGCUUCCCCGACUCAAGCACCAUCACCCCCGACUACUGCACAGCCGAAGCCACAGUAUUCGGCGACCGAGACCGUUUCACCGAGGUUGGAGGCUUCCCUCAGGUCAACGACGCGGUUUCCGGGCCGUUGGUGCUUGUCAUGUCUAUCUGGGACGACCAUUACGCCAACAUGCUCUGGCUCGACUCCAGCUACCCGCCCGAGGAUGCCGGCCAGCCUGGUGGCGACCGUGGCGACUGCCCCCAAGACUCGGGCGUGCCGGCCGAUGUCGAAUCCAGCUACCCCGACGCCCAGGUCAUCUACUCCAACAUCAGGUUUGGACCCAUCGGCUCUACCGUCGAUGUCUAG